GCUUUCAAGCACCGUACAUCGCCAUACUACUGGGUCUACCCUAAGUAUGCUUCCUUGAGAGUUUUUCCCGUAAUUUUCUCUAUUUCAUCAUCCCCACCCGCAUUUUGGUCUCCAGCCUCAUCUUCGAUGACCUUUGUUUUCACUUAACCUUUGUCGCACAUAACCAAAAUGCCUCCGAAACGAAAGAGAAAUGAGAGGCCAUCCGAUGCUGGAGCAAACCGGCCUGCUCCUCAUCGUCCUUCCGACACAACCCUCGGCCAACACGACCGAGAUUUCCAAGAUAGCCCUUCACAGAACCGUCGCGCAUCUAGCGGCCGAAAUACAAGAAGAAAUAAUGACCGUCGCGAUUCCUCGGGCGGCCAGCUAGGCUCGAAUCCUAGCCAUCGAGGUCCUGUCUCCCCGUCGACUGCUCGACCGCCUAGUUCAUCCUCCCAGAUUGCUCCGUCAGCGAUCCCUUCUACGCCUUCCGCCCCUCAACCCACCCAAUCUCGCCCUCCGACUCCUUCCAACUAUAACUACGCUAUCUUAACAAAAUCACGAAUUUCCGCUUGGCAACAAAAAGGUCGCCAGGAGGUUGUUGAACAUGGAAUCAAGUCUCGUAACGACGAAGACGUUGAAGAAAUCUCGACCAUCUCCCAAGAAUUCACGCGUGCUGUACUCGAAGGUCGCCUUAAUCCAACUGAUGCAGGAAAUUGCAUGAAACAAAUCCUUGGACCACCGGUCGAAGAUACAUACGGUUCUGGAUUCGGGUUUGAUGCGCAAACACUAUUCCUCGAUACCCUUUCCAUCUUCAUCGAUUCUGAAGAUGGAGGAUCCCGAUCACAGCUGCGAGAUUUUGUUGAUGCCACAGAGGUAUCCCCGAAACUUCUGCGCGAAGUUCUAGAUGCACCGGCUUUACAACAACUUGGCUUGAUCCGCGAAACUUUCGUGAAGUUGGGUAUUCGCUACGCCACAAAUCAAUUGUACCGACAAGCCAACUACAACUUACUGCGUGAGGAGUCCGAGGGGUACUCUAAGCUUGCCGCGGAACUCUAUCGCACGCCUUAUUACGCCCGAGACCACAAUGAUUUUGCCCUUGUGCAAGCCUGCUGGGAGCGCGUGAAGGGCUUGAUUGGAACCUUUGAUCUUGAUGUUGGUAGAGUUUUGGAUGUUGUUAUAGAUGUUUUCUCUGCAACUAUGUUGCGGAACAUCGUAUUCUUCUCACGAUUUUUACGAAUCAGUUCUUGGUGGCCUCGUAAUCAGAUCGAUCACUCUGAGAGAGUCUUUGCGGGCGGCUUACCAAAAUGGGCACUACCUCAGAACGAAGAUUUUUCCGGCGACGAACUCAGAGCCCAGCUUGCCGAAGAAUCUCACCAACGAGACUUGACGUUUUGGGAUCGAGCCCGAGAAGUCCACUUGGAUGCAUUCUUCGAGCUGGGUGGAAGACGGAUCCAAGAUCCAGAUCAGUACGACUCUCUAGAGGCUACAUCUGGUUCCAAGGCGAAUGACCCUACUCUGGAUUGGAUAAGAACUACGAAGACCCUCCCACCUUGCGGUAAUAAGGUUGCUGCACAGCUAUUGGGUUUCAAGUUUCGGUUUUAUGCCUCCGAUGCCAGAGAUAAGGGAGAAACACUUCCAGCAAAUCUGUAUUACCUUGCGGCUUUCUUCAUGAAGGCUGGAUUCAUCUCCCUAGCUGAUCUUUACCCUCAUCUAUGGCCAGAAGAUAGCCAAAUGGAGUCUUUGAGAGAUCGACGAAUGCAAGAACUUGACGAGAAAGAACGAUCUAAAAGACAAGGCAAUGAACCGAACGCCCUUCUCACGGCUGGCGCUCUUACCGAUGACACCCUCCCGACUUCCUCGAAGCCACGAGAAUCCGCAACUGCGAAUGAUGGAAAUCAACAAGAUGCAAAUGCUGCCAAGGAGGGGGAUGGGACAAGUCUCCCAGAGCCAAAAGAGGCUCAUAAGGCAGACCUGGUUUCUCAUCUGUUAGUCGUGGGUGCGAUUCCUGAGGCUCUAUUUAUCUUAGGACGCUUUCCUUGGUUACCCGAGGCGUACCCCGAUGAGAUCUAUCCGGCUAUUAAUCGUAUUUUAUUGCAUUCCAUUAGCAAGGUUUUCGGAGACACACAACCUGCCGCGGCUCGACCUCUAACUGUCCAGCCUCUCAAGCAGGAGAUAGCCCUAGAUCAAACUGGUGCGUCUAAGGGUACCUUGAAACUAACUGAUGGUUCUCCCGUCAAGAUCUUGAAAUGGCCGCAUGCCGAUGGUAUCAACAAAGGCACACUCUACCGAUUUUAUUUUGAUGAAUGGGCAGAUAACGUUCCGAUUUGCCAAACUGUCGACGAUGUCUUCACACUUUGCAGCACAUUCCUUAACAUAUCUGGUGUCAACAUCGGAAGAGAACCUUCUCUAGUUAAGAAAAUAGCCACUAUCGGAGUGAAAAGCUUCGCACAAGACCCCUCGCCAGAAAAUGCUGCACGUUGGCAAGAUCUCCUUCGAAGGACCCUUGUCCCCGCAUUAUGCCUUUGUGAUUCUAAUGUUGAUGUUGCCGCUGCGGUUUGGGAUCUUCUGAAGCAUUAUCCGACACAAGUUCGUUACAAUAUCUAUUCAGAAUGCUACGAAGGACAAAUAUCUCGACUUCCUGCCAUGGCAAAGGCUUUCAAGAAUACCAGACUGGACACGUUGGCAACUCUAAAACGACUUUCCCUGCAGAAUCUUUCAAGCUCUGCGAAAAAGCUUGCCAAAGUAGCAAUGUCAUCACCUGGUAUUGUGUGCAAGGUUGCUCUCGACCAAAUCGAAGCAUACACCAACCUUAUCGAAGCCUUUGUGGAGUGCACAAAGUACUUUACAGAGAUGGGUCAUGAUGUUCUUGUAUGGUCUCUACUGAGUUCGCUUGGUGGUAAGCAAAGGAGCAGGACUCAGGAAACAUCCGUGCUCUUGACUAGUCGAUGGUUACAAGCCCUCUCCAAAUUUUCUGGAAGAGUAUUUCGACGAUAUGGUAACAUGGAUCCUACUCCCGUCAUCUACUAUGUGAAUAAUCAAGUCGCGAACGGUAAUUCCACCGACUUGAUAAUUCUACGGGAGCUUAUCACUUCUAUGGGAGGUAUCGUCUCAGAUAUCGAUUUCACGGAUGCCCAGCUAUUUGCUCUAAGUGGUGGUGAGCUUUUACGGCGCCAAACGUUGGUCAGUUUAGGCGACAAGCGCUAUGAGUCGGCUAAAAGCGCCACUCGCCUCAUGAAGGCUUUAAUGCAGACGGAUCUAGCUUGCCAACUUCUGACAAAUAUGGCCCAAUAUCGACAAUCCGCCAUUUACCACUUACCAGAGAACGAAACACACAUCAAGUACCUCGCCAGCGUUAUUGAUGAUUCUCAACAAGCCUUGGUCCAAUACGUGGAGCUUUUGCGAAAUAAUCUCCCACCCGAGCAGUUCGACGCGCUUAUCCCGAGUAUCCCUCGGUUAAUGACGGAGUUCGGCCUCGAUGCCAAUCUGGCCUUCAUGAUUGGUCGUGCUAGCCUUCAAUAUUUUAUGAUGGGUCCGGGAGAAAAGCUUACGAUAACCGCUUCUGACUCGCCAGGAGACGCAGAUGGCGAUGUGGCUAUGGAUGCGAAGAAUAGCGAGGGCGCGACUACGUCCGCCGCUGCACCAGAUUCCGAGGAUCAAAUGGCAGUAGAUGUACCAGAAACGGAUGCGGAAAGCCCCCCACAAUUACCGAAUACGGUAAACGGCCAGAAAUCCGACCGUUUCUUGGAUGUGCUCGGACCUAUCACGAACGCUGUACGGACUUUGUUGCCUUCAGAAGUAUGGGACAAAAUCAACCCAGAGUUCUUCGUCCUUUUCUGGUCUCUCCAGACAGGAGAUCUCGUGGUUCCCAUGAACAGCUACGAGGCAGAAACUGCGCGAGUAGAAAAGCAAUAUGCUGAAUUGAAACGGGAGCGAGGCGACAUGAGUAAUAAAAAGAAAUCGCUUGAUGCUCUCGUUCAGACUAACAAGGAUCUCGCUGCUGAGGCAAGUGCCUGUCGCGAGCGGGUGAGCAAGACCAAAAUUAUGCUCAUCAAGCAAAGUCCGCGAUGGUUCUAUUCAUCAGCAAAGGCAGAUUCAAUUGCUGAUACCUUCAUCGAAGAAUGCCUUAUGCCCCGCAUUCUGCUUUCGCCUGGCGAUGCUGACUUCUGCCACCGAAUGAUCAAAUUCAUGCAUUCUAGUCGAGUGGCAAAUUUUAAGCUCGUCGACUUAUACGAUCGAUUUUUCGGCGUGAAUAGAUUACGAAUGAUGAUAUUUGGCUGUACCGUCCGGGAAGCCGAAUUCCUUGGUCGAUUCAUUAAAUUGACAUUGGGAGACCUCGCGAGAUGGCAUAAAGAUAAGGAUACAUACGCCAGGGAAGCGAUUCAAAAUGGAAAACUUGGAUUCGCCACAGCGUUUGACGACAACGGCAAGCCAAUGUCAUUCAUGGAGCACGACCAAUUCCGUGACUUACUGUGGACUUGGCAUCGAAACCUAUCAGCGGCUCUACGAGCCUGUCUUGGAGGCAUAGAAUGGAUGCAUAUAAGAAAUGCUAUCACAGUGUUGAAGGCAGGCCUAGAACAUUUCCCUGCUGUAGACUUCAUGGGUCGGCAGUUCCUACAGGUUCUCGGGAAGAUUGCAGAACGAGAAGCUGCCUCUAAGAAUGAGGGCGAAGAUGGACAAAGUCAUAGGGUCGAUCUUUCAGUCACCGCCAAUACCGCGACAUCUGCUCUCAAGAAAUACUCGACUAAAUGGGUCAUGGUUCAAGCUUUCAGAUCUAAUACCAGUGGCGAUGCGGCCGAGGAUAAAAAGUCAGCGGAGCCUACAAAGCCUACACAGCCAGCAAGUCUUCGGCCGAGCGCGCCAGAGUUCAAGCCAACAUCAACAAGCGCGACCAUCCGGCCUAAGACAAACGAGGAAGAAGAUGGUGAGGUGAAGGAUGUGAAAACGUCAUCUAGUUCCGAAAUCGCCAAGAAGGGCACAGAUUCCCCACGACCUGCGCAAUCUAAUAGGGAUACUCCUCAGAAGCCUGCAGGCCCUCCUCAAAAGCCCGAUUCAAAGUCAAUCCCAAGCCGAUCGUCAACUCCAAGAUCCGUGCCGACCGCUCCAGCGCCGGUUUCCGGUCAAAGAGGGGAGUCGUCCCGCCCGUCAACUUUGGCCCCCGCACCUGGGCUACCUAGCCGACCUGAGGUUCCGUUCCCCGCGCAUUUUACACACGACAAAUUCGGACAGAUAACAACUUCAACACAUAACCGCGAUCAUGGCACUCCAAGGGAAACCAGAGAUUCUAGAGAAGUACGAGGGACGGUGAGGGAUCCGAGAGAUCGUGAUUCGAGGGAAAUAAAGGAUGCAGCGGGACCGAGACCUUUCAGGCCUCCAGAAGAUCCGCGCUCGACUCGACCACGGGAGCAACCAGUUGCAGAUCGUCGGGUUCCUGAAGGCAUACCUAGAGACGCACCAAGAGCCGAGAGAGAUCGACUGCCACACAGACCAGAGCUUCCCCGACGUAACGAAUCGAGUUCAUCUGAGCGCGAACCCCGUGGUCCACGGGACCGGUCCACCGCCCCAAGCGGCCCGAACCGAGGGCCCGAAACGGCCCGUCCGCGUGGUGAGAGCGCCGCUACGACAAAACCCAUGGCACCUCCUCUGCAACCAGAAUCCCAAGGCCCGACAGUGAACCCGGAACGUGCGCGACUAAUUGGUGCGGAUCGACCCGACGAGCGCCCAAAUGCGUUAAAUCCACAACGCGCCGCUCUUAUUCAUUCAACAAAUUCGAGACCGAAUAGCCGCCAAGGUAGAGAGGGCAGCCGAGAUCGUAAUGGUUCCCGGCCUAUGUCUCCGCGAGGUAAUCGUUCGGAUUCUAGAUCUGGCGAUCUGGGUCGCGAUGAUCGGAAUAACCGAUCUCAUCGUGCGGAUCAUCCAUCUCGCGAUCACUGGAAUGAACAACUACCAUCUUCUGGACCUAAAGCUGGGAGAGCCAUGGACCAUGAAGGCGAUCGUAGCACGAUAGACAGGCCACGUGAGCCCGCCGCAUUUCAAGGACCAUCGCACGCACCCCGAGGUGAAUCUGAUCAUGGUAGGUUAAGCAACCAAGAUCCAGAAUACGGUCGCCUAAGCUCAAUUCCAUCGAUUGGCAAUGAUCCGACUAAUCCCCCUGAGGGUCCCCGUGGUCGUGGCCGUAAUUCAGCUCGUGGACCACCCAACCCACCAGGACGACCAGAUCCUAGGUUCGCAGGCAAUGAUCCUCUUCGGCCCACAUCGCCUGACAGACACCAUCCUCCUACUGGCCCUGCAUCGUCUAGACCACGUCGGGGCCAGACUGGAGGACAGUAUAGUCAUGGAAAUGGGCCGGCUAGUUCUCCAGCAGCCAACAACUCAACAGCAGGGAUACAUCCAGAGAGAUUGAGACAGUUAAACCCAGGCAGUUCCACCGCAUCAGGGCCGAAUCCUCAACCUUCAUACCCGGUCCCUUCAGCCGGCGUGCAUCCCGAUAGAAUGGGUCAUAUUGUACCAUCGCCUUCCGGGCCUUCUGGGCCUCAUCAUGGGGGCCGUUCCAACUUGCCGCCUUUGCAGACCCCCGAGCGGCCAUCGGUUCCCGGAGCAUCGAGCCACCGACAACCAUCUGGAGGUCGCCCCAUAGCAUCUGGUCCUGAUUCUCCUAAUCUCAUGUCUGCACCCACAGGACCGUCAUCGGCUAAUGAACGUGCCCGAACUGGUGGAAAAAGACAACUGUCUGGAAUCAACACAAUUCUCCAACAACCAAAUCCCAUGCGUCAGAGUCGCUCUCGAUCUAACCUAGCUGGCUCUGAUGCCCAAGUGCUCACGGGCGCAUCACCUGUUUCGACGCCGGUGCACGAACGACCUAACCCUAACGUAUUGACAGGCGAUCGUAGCAUGAAUGGGCCCGAAUACGCUGGACGAAACGACCAUGAGCGAGGUCGAAGGGAUCAUAAUAAUACCGAUCGAUCUUCACGUUCGUCGCGACGAAACAGCAGGGACCGUAGCCCUGAUCAGAGAAAAGAUCACCGUAAUGAACACCGCGACCGAAAGUCUAAUGCUGGCCCGCCCAGUCAUGGAAAAGAGGGCGAGAUGGACCCGCCGCGCCGAACUGGCCGGGAGCCUUCGGGCGCGGGCCGAGAACUAAUUCCUGGCGGUGGAAGAGGCGAUAUAAUGGGAGGUGGCCGUGACGGCCCACGGGAGUCACGCCACCGCGGAGAUGGUAGUGGUAGACACGAAGAUUAUGGACGUGGACGAGGCGGAGGUGGAACAGGUGGUAGGCCACGUGGCGAUGACCGGCGAGAAUCAAGAGACAACGAUCGAGGCGGCCGGAAGCGCCAGAGCGAUGAUUUUGGAGGACCGAAUGAGAAGAGGCAGAGACGCUAGGUGCGUGGUUAUGGGGUAAACCAUACUCCGCCGAUUCAUGUUAAAAGACCUCCAUAUUGAACUUUUUUUCUUUUCGACUACAUUGUAUUAUGGAAAUCGGCUCAGGAAGGGAACAACAAGAGCGAAUAAUCUUAGAUCGCUAGCAAGGACAACAGAGGCAGUCGUUGAUCACUACACAGUCUUCAUAGCAUAUUCACAUCGGUGUCCAAGGCGAUGGACCAGGACGAAGGACAAGGAUACGAGAACUCCACUAGCAUUUGUGCUUUUACAAUCGACCAUACUGGCAUCUGUUUUUAUUAUUAUUGCUUUAUUUUGACUUCAAAUUUUUGUUACGCGCAAAGGGAAUAAAUGGAAGUUCGAUCGUCACGGCACACAGAUCAAUCAAGUCAGUCAGUCAAGCAAUAAGCGAGAGAGGCCGGAAAAGGGA